GUAGAGGUGGUUGCCCGACCUGUUGUUGGAUGAGCCAUUGCUGUGACUACCAGUGACCACUUGUAUGUGGAAUGUCUCCUGACCUGCCGCUGCUCAGUACUGCCGGACGCUGCCCCUGCUGACGGAUUUCAGCCUAUGUCCUGGAGUGCUCAGUUUAUAGGAACACUGAGCCCGUCUUGCACUCGGAGCAGGGUGCUGAAGUCGCGCUUUAUGUACAGGUGUGACAUCGGAGGUGACCGGGCUGGAGGAGACCAUGGCAGAGAGUGGCAGCGGGACGAGUGGCUCUUCAGCAGUGGGAGGCGUUACAAAUGUUUCUUCUCUUCCUCCCGGUGAUGCACAGCUAAUUGCAUUGAUUGUUGAGCAGCUGAAGAGUCGAGGCCUGUUUGAUGGCUUCCGAAGGGAUUGCUUAGCUGACGUUGACACAAAGCCAGCGUACCAGAACCUACGACAGAAAGUGGACAACUUUGUCUCCACCCACUUAGACAAGCAGGAGUGGAACGCUGGAAUGAACAAAAACCAGCUCCGAAACGGGCUGAGACAAAGUGUCAUUCAAUCCGGGAUGCUGGAAGCUGGAGUCGAUAGAAUUAUUUCACAGGUGGUGGAUCCAAAAAUGAAUCAUAUAUUCCGGCCGCAGAUCGAAAAGGCUAUACACGAUUACUUAGAGUCUGAGAAUAAAGAAGAAGUAGUGUCAGCUCCACCUCUGCCACCUCCUGAACCAGAGGAACAAGACCCCCCUGUGCCCUCUCAAAGUGCCUCUUAGAGGAAUUCCUAUGUGCGAAAGAAUCCACACAAGAAUCCACAAAGCCAAUAAGCAAUGUAGAGCUACCUGUAGCUCAGUAGAUGACAUCCAUUUAAGUGCAGAAAACACAACUGGAAAAUGAGUUGGAGACUGGAGGUCUUCCUGCUAACGUGAGAACUUUGUAGAUGGUCUGGGAUUGGUGGGUAAUCUCUGAUCUAGGUAGGACAGGGUGGACAUCAGUUGAUUCUGAUGUCAGAUAAACUCUUUGUAGCUGCCUAGUCAUUUUUGCAUGUGGCAAUUAUUUACUUUCGGAUGGAAAAUUGAGACAUUGCGUUGUCUCUAAAUGAUUUGCGUUUGCCUUUGUGCAAUAGACUACCUAUCAUAUCAGUUGAAUGUACAAGUGUCACCGUUUCUGAUCGCCAAAAUGUGCUCGGCUUGUUUUUCUGAUUUUACUUUUUUGAUACUUUUUGCUGCUUUUGAAAUUUUGAAUAAAGUAUUUUUGUUGUUGAUGUAGGCUUAUACCAUGGAUUUUCAUGCCUGAAAAUAAAGGCUU